UCAACACAAGUAUCAUGGGAGGAAAAUUUAAAUUUUCAAUUGAUCGAGGCGGUACUUUUACAGACAUCUAUGCUAAAUGUCCAGAUGGAAAAGUUCAUGUUAUGAAACUUUUGUCGGUUGAUCCAACUAAUUAUGCAGAUGCUCCACGUGAAGGCAUAAGAAGAAUAUUAGAAGCAGAAACUGGAAAAAGUAUGCCACAAAAUGAGCCAAUUGAUAGUAGUUAUAUAGAAUGGAUUCGAAUGGGUACAACUGUUGCAACAAAUGCUCUUCUGGAACGGAAAGGUGAACGUAUGGCUCUGUUAAUCACUCGUGGUUUCAAAGACUUAUUAUACAUUGGAAAUCAAGCUCGUCCAAAAAUAUUUGAUUUAGAAAUUGUAGUACCAGAUGUUCUUUAUGAAGAAGUUAUGGAAAUAGAUUGUAGAGUAAUUAAUUCAAAGUGUGAAAAAUGUGAUCAGCUAACUCCAAUUUGGAGUGAUAAGCCUAUUGUCCAAGGUGUCACUGGUGAAGAUAUAUUAAUUUUAAAACAAAUCGAUGAAACUGCUCUAAGAAAUGACUUAACUUUAUUAAAAUCUAAAGGAAUUAAUAGUAUUGCUGUAGCUCUAAUGCAUUCUUACACGUAUAAUGAACACGAGCGUACUGUAGGAAGAAUAGCUAAAGAAGUUGGUUUUGAACAUGUAUCUUUGUCUCAUGAAGUAAUGCCUAUGGUGAAAAUUGUACCACGAGGGUAUACAGCUUGUGCAGAUGCUUAUUUAACUCCACAUAUAAAAAAAUAUGUUAAAGGUUUUGCUUMAGGAUUUAAAAAUAAUUUAAAAGACAUUAAUAUAUUAUUCAUGCAAAGCGAUGGUGGACUAACGCCAAUGAAUAGUUUCAAUGGUUCAAGAGCUAUUUUAUCUGGCCCAGCUGGUGGUGUGGUUGGAUACACAGCAACUACUCCUUAUAAGCCUGUUAUAGGCUUUGACAUGGGUGGUACAUCGACUGAUGUUAGUCGCUAUGAUGGAGCAUUUGAACAUGUUUUUGAAUCAAUAACUGCUGGUGUCACAAUUCAAGCCCCUCAACUGGAUAUAAAUACYGUUGCAGCUGGCGGGGGAAGCAGAUUAUUUUUUAGAUCAGGAUUAUUUGUCGUUGGACCUGAAAGUGCUGGAGCUCAUCCAGGACCAACAUGUUAUAGAAAAGGAGGUCCAUUAACUGUUACCGAUGCUAAUCUAGUUCUUGGUAGACUGUUACCUGAAUAUUUUCCAUCAAUAUUUGGCAAAACUGAAGACAUGCCAUUAAACAAAGAAGCAUCCUUAGAAGAAUUUGAAGCCCUUACUAAUGAAGUUAACAACUUUGUAAGACUUCAAUCUAAAAGUUCAAAUSUAAUGACCCUUGAAGAAGUUGCGAUGGGAUUCAUAAAAGUUGCAAAUGAAUCAAUGUGUCGUCCWAUUAGAGCUCUAACUCAAGCAAGAGGAUAUGACACCAGACAGCAUACACUGGCCUGUUUUGGAGGUGCUGGUGGACAACAUGCUUGUGCUAUUGCACGUUCCUUAGGAAUUAGUCGUGUGGUUAUUCAUAAAUAUGCUGGCAUUCUGUCUGCCUAUGGUAUGGCAUGUGCUGAUGUUGUUCAUGAGGUUCAAGAGCCUUGUGCAUUAACAUAUGACAUUGAAAACUUUGAAUAUUUCAAUGAACGAAUCACUGUUUUGAGUUCAAAAUGUAUUGAUGAAUUAAAAAAACAAGGUUUCUCAGAUAAUCAACUUCACACUGAGCCAUUUUUACAUUUAAGAUAUGAGGGUACAGAUUGUGCUCUUAUGUGUUCAGCCAGUUAUGAUAGUACAGUAAACACUAGAACAAUUCACGGAGAUUUUUUAAGUGGAUUUCUGACAAGAUACCAAAAAGAAUUUGGAUUCACUCUAUCUGGGCGUAAAAUAUAUGUUGAUGAUAUACGUGUGAGAGGUGUUGGUAAGACAUUGUUAAACAUUGACAAUGAAGAAGAUGAAACUGAAGAACCUCUACAAAUUGAAGCAGUUAAACAAGUAUAUUUUGAAGACUUGGGUUACAUAGAUUGUAAUAUUUAUCUCUUUAGCAAGUUGCGUAAAGGUCAUAUUAUUAUUGGUCCAGCGGUGUUAAUGGACAAAUUGAGUACAAUAUUAGUCGAGCCUAAGUGCAAAGCUAUAAUAAGUAAAUCUGGCGAUAUUGAAAUCGAAGUUAACUGUGAUGCACUUACUAAAAUUGGGGUUGAACUUGAACCAAUCCAGUUAAGUAUUUUUUCUCAUAGAUUCAUGAGUAUUGCAGAACAAAUGGGAAG